CAUUCAGUUAAGAAUAGUUGGUCAACGAAUGAGGUUCAAUAUUUUUUAAACAUUGUAUUCAUGAGCUUACACCCAAGUGGCGGUAUGCGUAAGCGUGAACAAAAAUUUGUUUUCAAUUUGGUGUUGAUAUGAAGAAUCAUUUUAUCAGAAAAUCUUUUGUCGACUAAAAUGUUUUUAACGAAAUGAAUUUGUUAUGGACGAGGCAAAGAGAAAGUUUUAUUGAUUUUCAAAUUAUAAGUUUCAAAACAUGUGAAUCGUUUUACGUUUUAUGUGGGGUAUAGUGAAUGGUGAUGGGGGUUUUUUAUUUUUAUUUUUUAAACUAAAAUUUUCUGAUACAUAAAAUACGCAGUAAAAUAAUGUUUCUCGACGGAGAAUUGUCUGUGAUUAAAAAUGUGAAUAAAAGCGAAAGAUAAAUUUCUAUCAACUUGCCGAUACUUUCGGAUGAUGGAGGGUAAAAAGUCCAAAAAUAAAAGGAAAGGGCGACGAAGGAACAACGACUUCACAUAUCUGGAAAAGUCAUCUUCGGAACCGGAUUUAUCAGUCCGUCUUACAGAUACUGCAUCACCAAUAUUUACGAGUCGUUGGAAGAAGCUACCGCACGAAUGCAUAACAGUAGAUGAACUAAAAUUCUAUCGCCGUCGAAAACCUUCAGAUUUCCACACCAGAAGCAACAUUUGCUUGUACGAUAAAACUGAGCCAUUUGUUCCAUUCUCUGAACUAAAGACUGAAUACAAACGUGAAUAUGGAAGAGCUGUUGAUACUACUGCUUGGCGACCUGAACUGAAAAGGCGACCAACAUCUUUGAAAUUAGAGGGUUCAAUGGUUCAGUCAUCCGAGCAACAAUCUGAAUAUCACGAAUACACUCCCAAUGAAACGCAAGGGAGUCGCCGAUCGCUGAUGAAAUAUCCGGAUUCGUUGAACCUAUCCGAAAAUGAUUAUCCACAGCCACCGGAAAGUUUGGUUCAUGGAUUAAGCAUUGAACCGAAACCGAAAACUGAUGCUUCCAUUAAAAAUGAUUCCCAAACGUGUCACCUUCGACUUGAAGGGGAACUCAGCUAUCAACCCGAAUAUCGUAGCCAAUUCGUUACGUUUCCCAUUGAAAAAUCACACUCCAUACCUCAACUGACGAACAUUCGAUUCCAAGGAAAAUUUGUCGGCGUUCCGGAAUACAGAGAUAGUUUUAAGUUCUACGAUCAAUAUGUUAAGUGUGCACCGAUCAUAAAACCAGGUCAUUUAAGUGUUAAAGGAUCCGUCGAAUCGGUGGGAGAAUACGGUGAACGUUUCAAAGAGCACGAUAGGAAAACCGUUGAAACCACUGAAUCGGCAAAGAAAGGUGACAAGUUUCACUUACUCGGCGAAGAUGGAACAGGAAACCAACAAGCCGAAUAUACCGAAAGUUUUAAGGAUCCGAAAAUUACAAAAAUGCCGCAACGUGCAAAGCCUCGUGAAUCCAUCCUUUCGCUCAAAGGAAACAUGGAUUAUACGCCUGAGUAUCGGACGUCGUUUCUAAAUUUUCCACGUAAUCGUCCAGUGACCAAUAAACCACCGACCAACAUUAACUUGUAUGAUUCGACCAAGAAGAAGAGAGAUCGUCGAGCGUCGAAUGUGAACAAAAAAUUCGAACCCAAUUCCAGAAAUGUCCACGAUCCCAACCUAGAAGAUCUUCCGUUCAUGUGCCAGCCAGAGGUUCGCCGAGCCAAACAGGAUCUGCUAAUCAAAACCCGUAGUCCUCGGAAGGAGAUAAACAAUAAUUUCGACGAAAAGACAUUUCAACAGGAUUUCAUGGGUUCGCCAACCGACGAUCUAAAGAGCAACAAUUCGGCGGCUCUAAAAUCACCACGCCAUGCUUCGGUCAAAUCUCGCAACAUUUCGCCGAGUUUCAAAUUGACGGUGCAGAAUGUUGACGAUCCGGGUGGUUCGUUUAAGAAGAGACCGUCACCGAAAUUCGGCAGACGUGCGAGUAAGGACGUGAAGCCACGGAAGGACAGCAGUCACAAGAUUCGAAAUCAAACGAAAGUCGUUGAGGGCAACAGGGAUUACAUAUUUGAUAAUAAAGUGCCGCGCGAUAGAAAUGAGAAUCCACCGUUUGUCGUACUAAACGAACCGAGCAAACAAAAUCGAUGGAUGAAGCAAUCGGUCUGGUAUGACUCAUAAAUGUUGCGCGGUGUGCAUAUUUACUGAUAACUAAAAUAAAGCGUAUUCGAUGUUAGAACAA